AUGAGGUUCCACAAGUACAAGCAGCUCGAUCGAGCUGAGUUGGAUCAAGGUUGGGGAUGGAUCACGUUCUUGGCAAGGGGAGAAAGGAAGGUGAUUACCUUCAGGCAGUUGGAGAUCCUUUGGUUUCACUUAUGGAGAGGGAACCCAUUGGAUAUCAAGGAAGAUGAGCUACAAAGAGUUGGGCUACAAUCGCUGAAGAUGGAUACUCUUCCUCAAGGUCAAAGGCUGCCAAAUCAGGAGCCCAGUGCUGAGAUAUGUCACAAGGCUCUCGCCAACACCUUCUUUGCAAGGAAAGCACUGGGACAAUAA